GAGAGCUGUAACGAGAGUAAUCCCACAUCCAUGUGUAUUUAUAUGCGUAAAUGUAUGUGUAUACACAUCUAUGUUUGGCUCAAGCCGUUUGGCGUCAGGCGCCCCAUGGCUGAGCGCGGCUUCCCGGAGGUUGGGCCGGGGCCUGCGGAGAGCCAUGGGGCCUGAGGUCUGCGGCCGGUCCCAGGCGCCACCGCGCUGCCUCCGCCAGGGCCGGUCAUCGCACGCUACGUCCUGGGUGCGCCGUACUCGCAGGCGCACAAAGACUCUGGGCGUGUGGUCGCACAGCAGUCGCCAAGCGUGCUGCUGAGCAGGGCUGCCGCGGGACCGCGUGGCGGCGGCGAGCGCGACCGCGGGCGCGCGGUGGCAGUCGACGCAUCCGUCGGCGCAGCAGGAGGACCCGCGGGCGCCGGCGCCGAGGCGGCCUCGCUGGGUUCCCUGCCGCCGUGGGCGAGCACGAACAGCGCUUUCUGGGAACGGACGGCGCCCAGCUUCCACAGCGCCUCCAUGGGGACGUCGCCCGACUUGCGGCGCCGUUCGUCACUGGGCCACCCGCUCGCCAGCGCCAUCAACGCGAGGAUGCUUCAGCACAGCGCCACGAAAUCAGAGUUCGGCGUGUUCGAAGAGGACGAGUUUUUGUACAAGCCCGAGGUCGUGCCUGGGCCCUUCAGGGAGGCGAGCCGGAUUCUGCUGUCAGACUACCUCAACGGACUCCUUGCGUGCUUAAUAGUUUUCAGCAUGGCCGUCCUCGUCGUCGAGGCCGACUGCAAGACGAGCGGUGAGGACAUGCCGCAGUGGGCGGUUGCGUCGGAGUGGGCAUUGGGGAUCGUGUACGUCAUGGAGAUCCUCGCGCGGCUGGUGGUUUUCCGGUGGCGCUUUUUCAGGUAUCUGUACAACAUAGUGGACCUUGUCGUCAUCAUUUGCGACGCGGCGCUCUGGAUCAUGGCGCUGCUCGUCGACACCUCGACAGAGAGCCUCAGCUGGAUCCAGAUCAUCCGGCUCCUGCGCGUCGGCCGUCUGCUGCGGCUGAUGUUUUUCUUCCCCGUGCUGAGGCUGAUGUUGAAGAGUUUGGCGGGGGCCUUCAGGGUCAUGUUCUUUGGCAUGGUGCUCGUGCUCGUGGUGGUCUUUGUCUGGGCCGUCUUUGGAGUGUACUUCAUCCACCCUCGCAACGCCGCGGUGGCCGAGGCCGGCGUGUACGACAACCGCUGCGCCCGUUGCCCUGGCGCCUUCAGUUCGGUCUUCGAUGCGGUGGUCACGCUCACCAAGGACCUGGUGGCCCAGGACGGCUGGGGUGAGAUCGCCAUGCCCGUGAUCGAGGCCUACCCAGAGACCUACAUUUAUUUUUCCUCGCCUACAGCACAGUGACCAUUGCCAUCUUGAACCUGAUACUCGCGGUCAUAGUGGACACCGCGCUGGAGGCCAGGAAGGACGACAUCCAUGCGGUGGCGAGGGUCAAGAGGGAGCAGCGCUCCGCGAACGCAAAACGCCUGCAGGAGCUCUUCAGUGAGCUGGACGUGGAUGGCAAUGGCGUCCUGACGCACGCGGAGCUGGAGAAGGCCUUCGAGACUCACGAGGAGUUCAUGGAUAUCAUGACAGCGAUGGAUAUUUGUGCUCAUGAUUUAGACACCAUCUUCCUCAUUACGGACGAAAACGGCACUGGUGACAUCGAACACAAAGAGUUCGUUAACGAAUUGCAUAAGAUGCAGGCUGGUGACUCUCACACCAUGUUGGUAUUUAUCAGGUGUAUGGUUUCGCAGAUCCGCAACAUGCUUAUGACCCAGAUGAAGGAGAGCGAAGGAGUCUGUCAAGCAUCUUCUGCUCUGAGCUGAGGAUGGCACACCUCAUCCUCCACUAUCCCCCAAUCGCUUCACUUCAGCUUCUCCGCCGUCUUGCUUCUCCAUGUUCCUCCGCCUCCGCCUUGCUCAUCCAUCAAAUUGGAUCGACCUUGGUCAACACGUCAGGGGCUUCCGCUGGCAGAGCGCUGAAUCCGGGCAAAGCGCAAUCUGUCCCAAAGCUGGGUUAGCGCAGCAUCGGUACCGUGUCGAUUCAGCGUAGCGCUCCUCACCCCGUGCCAAACACAUGCCAACCUGAAUUUACAUGAUUUCCGCCGGUCAAGCGCUCGCCGUACGCAUUUAUACCAGGCAAGUUUGGUGCUACGCGUUCGGAACGUAUGAAACCAUCACGUUCGCAUGGUGUAGCGAGUACGUCGACAUCUAUGUUUAUG